GGCUCCUCCCGGCAGGGCGCACCUAGGCGGGUCCAUCGCCAGCCGGGGAGAGGGGUGUGGGUAGGGAGGGAACAGGUGCGCUGCGGGACCCGCCCUAUCUCAACAGGUGAAUCGCUCCAAGUGGGUCUCGGUUUCGUGAAUCUCGGUGCGCUUGGUUUGGCCAGAGCAGGCGAGGGGCGGACAGGGCCUGUGGUCUGCAGGCGCCCUCCCAGCGGGCCAGUCACUUGGUUCAUGCCCUGAGGGCCGGAGCGCACCUGGGUCAGCCCACUUCCGGGGAGGGAGGCAGAGGAGCCCCUCCCCGCCGCCCACCCCUAAGCCCAGCCAAAGGCUCCCACCCUUGUGUACCUGGGCCGAACCAUUUCCCGGAGCGCGCAGCGGGUGGAGUGGCUCGGAGAAGUGCGCCCCUGCCAGGGCCAUCCAGGUGACCGUGCCCGACCCCUACCACGUGGUGAUCCUCUUCCAGCCUGUGACCCUGCCCUGUACCUACCAGAUGGCCUCGACCUCCGUGCCACCCAUCGUCAUCUGGAAGUACAAGUCCUUCUGCCGGGACCGAAUCGCCGAUGCCUUCUCCCCAGCCAGUGUGGAAAACCAGCUCAAUGCCCAGCUCGCAGCCGGGAACCCAGGCUACAACCCCUAUGUGGAGUGCCAGGACAGCGUGCGCACUGUCAGGGUUGUGGCCACCAAGCAGGGCAAUGCCGUGACCCUGGGAGACUACUACCAGGGCCGGAGGAUUACCAUCACCGGAAAUGCUGACCUGACCUUUGACCAGACAGCGUGGGGGGACAGCGGUGUGUAUUACUGCUCCGUGGUCUCAGCCCAGGACCUCCAGGGGAACAACGAAGCCUACGCAGAGCUCAUCGUCCUUGGGAGGACCUCGGGGGUAGCUGAGCUCUUACCUGGUUUUCAGGCGGGGCCCAUGGAAGACUGGCUCUUCGUGGUUGUGGUGUGCCUGGCUGUCUUCCUCGUCUUCCUUCUCCUGGGCAUCUGCUGGUGUCAGUGCUGCCCACACACUUGCUGCUGCUACGUCAGGUGUCCCUGCUGCCCAGAAAAGUGCUGCUGCCCCGAGGCCCUGUAUGCUGCUGGCAAAGCAGCCACUUCAGGUGUUCCCAGCAUCUAUGCCCCCAGCACCUAUGCCCACCUGUCUCCUGCCAAAACCCCGCCCCCACCAGCCAUGAUUCCCAUGGGUGGCUACAACGGGUACCCUGGAGGGUACCCUGGAGACAUUGACAGGAGUAGCUCAGCUGGUGGCCAAGGAUCCUACAUACCCCUGCUUCGGGAUACAGACAGCAGUGCGGCUUCUGAAGUUCGAAGUGGCUACAGGAUUCAGGCCAACCAGCAAGAUGACUCCAUGCGGGUUCUGUACUACAUGGAGAAGGAGCUGGCCAACUUCGACCCUUCUCGACCUGGCCCCCCGAAUGGCCGUGUGGAGCGGGCCAUGAGUGAAGUCACCUCCCUCCAUGAGGACGACUGGCGAUCUCGGCCUUCCCGGGGCCCUGCCCUCACCCCUAUCCGGGAUGAGGAGUGGGGUAGCCAUGCCCCCCGGAGUCCCAGGGGAUGGGAGCGGGAGCACCCCAGGGAGCAGCCAGGCGGGGGCUGGCUGGCCGGGCGGCCCCGGGCCCGCUCCGUGGAUGCCCUGGACGACCUCACCCUGCCGAACUCCGUGGAGUCAGGGAGCAGGUCUCCCCCGAGUAGUGGUGGGAGGAGAGGCCGGGCCUACGUGCCCCCGAGGAGCCGCAGCCGGGACGACCUCUACGACCAAGACGACUCGAGGGACUUCCCACGCUCCCGGGAGCGCCCCUCUGCUGACCCUAGGUCCCACUACCAACGGACCCGAGACCCUCGGGACAACGGCUCCAGGUCUGGGGACCCCCCCUAUGAUGGGCGGCUACUGGAAGAGGCCGUGAGGAAGAAGGGGCCCGGGGAGAGGAGGAGACCCUACAAGGAGGAGGAGGAGGAGGCCUACUAUCCGCCCGCGCCACCCCCGUACUCCGAGACCGACUCGCAGGCGUCCCGCGAGCGCAGGCUCAAGAAGAACUUGGCCCUGAGUCGGGAAAGUUUAGUCGUCUGAUCUGACGUUUUCUACGUAGCUUUUGUACUUUAUUUUUUAAUUUGAAGGAAUAUUGAUGAAGCCCUACCAUUGCCCCGCCCAAGUCUAAUAAAACGUAUAAUCACAAGG